AGCGGUGGUUAAAAUGGCCUCAGCUGUGGCUGACAGGGCAAUAGGAGCCAUUGUUGGAUCAGCUGUUGCAGAUGCUGCAGCACAGCCUCUGCACUGGGUCUAUGACCUGCAGAAGCUGAAGGGGAUACUGGCUCAGGAUUCAAACCCAGAGUUCCGUUCUGAGUCUGCCAACCCUUUUUACCGAAGGAAGACGGGCGAGCAGAGUUGCUACGGAGACCAGGCUUAUGUGCUGCUGGAAAGCUUGUCUGAAUGUGGAGGUCUAAACGUUGAACAUCUAAAGCAGCGCACAAUGAAGUUCUUUGGACCGGGUUCAGAGUACGACACACCCAUCAAUGAUCCGUACAGAGACAAAACCGGGCCGAGACCUCAGCUGCCCAUUGAGGGACCAUGGAGGCAGGCAUGUUUGAAGAGUUUCAUAAAGAAUAUGGAUGCUGGAAAAGAGGAAACAGGCUGUGAGACGGAUUGUCAGAUCGACGGUGUAGCCAAGCUGGCUCCUGUUGUGGCUUUCUAUGCAGGGCAGCCUGACAUGUUGGAGAAGGUCGAACAGGCCGUCCGCGUCACUCAGAACAGCGACGAAUGUGUUGCAGAAACUUUGGGGGCAGCAAGGUUUCUGGAACAUUUCAUCUUGAACGGUGCUGAUCCGGGAGCCCUGGAGGCAGUGCUGAAUCAGCUGAAUGAUCUGAAGAGAAAGCAGCCUCAGGAUUUGGAUAAAGCGGUGGUCGGCCACAUUCAUCAGGUGAAAGAGCAUUUAUCAAAGACUCCCCAGGAGAUUAUCCCCACAGUGUUCCCAAACACAUGAGGUCUGCCAGGUGCAUUCCAGGCAGCGCUGCACGGAGUCCUAACGGCCAAGAACUUUGAGACGGCUGUCAGAGACACCAUGAGCUGCGGUGGGUGCACCUGCAGUCGAGGGUCCUUCAUCGGAGCAUGUUUGGGGGCUCAGGUUGGUCUUGAGGGAAUCCCAGCAUCUUGGAGGGAAAAAACCCUGAGAUACAACUCUGUGUUGGAGCACGCCAAGAAGAUUACCAAACAUCUUUAGUCAUAUGAGAAGAGUGAGGCACUGAGAGCAUCAUAGAAGAUUGCUGAGCUUUGGCAGAGCAUCGAAUGAAGGCUUUUGUCUAAACUUAUGUGAGGCAGAAGCCUGAUGUUUUUUUAUGUCUGCAAAAGGAUCAAAAGUUGUUUAUGAUGUUCUCUCACUUGCACUUUUCUCUCGUU